AUGGCUCUCCUAAAUCCGUUCGGCGAGGAUGAUGAUGAUUAUGAUUGCAACUUCUUGCUGGACAGAAAUUUGACGAUGUCCCUGGGAUGUCAAGACGCUCAUCGCGACCCUCCGGAAAUGAAAAAGGAUGCUUUCUGGAAUAUGGAACAGGCCCAACCGCUCUAUUCUUGGCACUCUGCCCUUCGUCACAUCAACUUCUUUAUGGGAUCUGCGGCAUUGCAAGAGAAAGAAGAAGGCGGAAUGAAGGGAGAGGAAAUCACAAUGGUGCCCCAUCCGGUCAACGAGAAAUAUAUGAAUCGAAACGAGCCCGGAGAACGACGCCCGACCGUCGAG